UGCCGCAGUUGAAAGCCCCGACCAAAACCCCCCGGUCCAAUUCAUAUUCCUCUCGCAACCCUCACAAUGGUUGCGCAGACACUGAGCUCGCUCCUGCAGCGGGCUACGAUUGACGACCACGAGGAGGUCCUCAAGUCCUGCAACGAGACUCUCAAGAAGUCCAAGAACGACCAGAACGCUCAACACAUCAAGGCGAUCGCUUUGCUCAAACUCGACCGUUACGAGGAUGCUUUGCGAGUUUUCGAGACCGGCAGCGAUGCGCUGAAGCAAGCUGCUGGAUUGGAGUAUGCUUAUGCGCUGUACAAAUGUGGAAAGCUCGAUGAGGCACUUGAUGCUGUCACCAAGUCCGGUGCGGGGAGGGGCGCUAGCCAUUUGGAAGCCCAAGUGAGCUACCGAGCUGAGAAAUUCCAUCGCGCCGCAGAUUUAUACGAACAGCUGUCCCAAGAUGGGUCGUCCCACCACGAGGCAAAUGACCUCGGAAUCAACUCAUGGGCCACGGAUGCUCAGCUAGUGUGGAAGGGAGAAGCUGAAUACGUUCGCCACGAUCGGCCAUCGCGGGAAGAUCUCGAGUCUUUUGAGACGGCAUACAAUGCGGCUUGCUUGACCAUUGCCAAGGGUGCCUUCGCCCAAGGCGAGGUGCUUCUUAACCGCGCAAAGAACAUUUGCCAAACAUCAGAGGACCUGACUUCCGAAGACCGCGCCGCUGAGCUGCUACCAAUUGCUGUGCAGUACCUGUACGUCUUGCUUCGGCUGGGCAAGACGGAACAAGCGGAGGCUCUGCUCGAGGAGAUUUCAGUAGAAGAGAUCCCCGAACUAUCAACAAAGAAGAUCGCCCGCAACAACAUCGUCCUUGCUCGCCAGACCAACAUCAACCCUUUCAUCCUCUACAAGGCUCUCCAUGAGACGCCCGAUUCGGUCAACAAUGAUCGUCUCUUCGACUACCAGGACAGCAUCCUGGUCGGUAACUCGCACGCUGCCGAUCUACUGGUCCAGAAAUACGAUGGUAUUAUUCGAUCAACGAACAAGGCGCUCUCAAAGAGCUCCUGCCCCUCAACUACAGCCAGCACCAACCUCCUCUCCGUGUACAAUGCCGCAGCACAAGCCGAAGGCCAAACCGGACAAAAGGCUUUGAAGAAGAUCCUCCCGCUCCUUGAACGCCGGCCCAAGGAUUUGGGCCUCCUCCUUACCGUUGUCCAGCUCUACGUUAACGAGGGCAACACCACCUCUGCGAUUACCACCAUGGAGCGAUCUCUACAGGCUCUGGAGGAAUCCAUCUCCGAAGCAGACCAAGAUGCUCGCUUCAACCCUGGCUUGUUGAGCGCCCUCGUUUCAUUGUACCAGCUUGAGGGCCGCAAGCUCCAGAUCCGGUCUACCCUUGCACAGGCCGCCGCAUACUGGCGCAAGAAGCCCGAUUCUCCUGCAUCCCUCCUUCGCGCCGCGGCUACUUCCCUUCUCCACUCGGAUGAUCAGGCGGAUUUGACCACCGCUGGUGAUCUGUUCAAGGCUCUCUACCAGCAAGACUCCAGCGACCGCGUCGCCAUUGCCGGCUACGUCGCAUCCCAAGCAACGCUCAACUACUCACAGGUGGAGUCUCAACUUGAGCAGCUUCCCGAGGUGAGCGAACUGGUCGCAGACAUCGACGUAUCUGCGCUGGAGUCUGCAGGCAUCAUGCCCUCCGCGACAUCCGCCGCAGCUGCCGCCGCCUUCGCCGGUGCUCGCAAGCGCACUGCCGCGGACAAGGACGCCCGUGCCGCGAAGCGUGUGCGCAAGUCCCGGUUGCCCAAGGACUAUGACCCGGAAAAGAAGGCUGAUCCCGAGCGCUGGCUGCCUCUGCGUGACCGUUCUUCUUACCGUCCCAAGGGUAAGAAAAACAAGCAGCGUGCUGCUGAUCGGACUCAGGGUGGACCUGUGAACGAGAAGGCCGAAGAGUCUCCUGCGAGUGCGCAGCAGAAGGCCGGUGGUGGUGGUGGUGGAGGUGGCAGUUCGAAGAAUAAGAAGAAGAAGGGCAAGCGGUAGUGGGAAGUUUUUUGGUUAGUCUUACCUGGCCAAGUCCUCGUGGAGCGCGGUGUAUUAUUUCAAUGCAUAUAUGAAUAUCAAGAAAAAAGACUUGUAUCUGCAAUGCAGAAAUCAAAGCAUCUCGCACCAAGCCUGAUAACAAUGUAACCUGUAUUUGCACCGAGUCCAUAAAAAAGCCAAACCAGAACUCUGAAGACCGAAACACAAGGUAUCCCAUAAAAUAACAUGCCAAAUUCCGCUCGCAACAUGGAUCCUUCAAGAUAUUAGGGGGAAAAAACGAAUUCGCCGUCCGAACUGAGAUACCAAUUGAAAGUUGUCAUUAUCCAGCACAUAAGCACGAAAAUCAUCAAACCCACAAUAUCAUAUCUCCCAAUCACCACCUCAACCCAACGGCGUCCGAAUCGUCCCACAUUGCCGAUCAUAAUGAUCAAAGAUCAUAUGCAUAAGCUUGAGAUCAUCCAGGGCGUCUUCCGCGGUAGUCUUCGCCUCGAGAUUCGAGUCUCCAGCGUCACCAGCUAGAUACGCAUGCAUAGCCAAGAAUUCCUGCUCGUACGUUUCCCUGGCGGUGCUCACGAAUUCGGUGCGCUUCAUUCGCGGACGAGUCCGUGCAUGUCCAUUCGCAACGCCGUUGCCCUGACCGUCGCCGUCGCUAUUGACAUGUCCAUUCUCGCCAGCCUUGCCAUUCACCUCAACAUCAACAUUAACAUCAACAUCACCAGAAUCAUCAACGGCCUCCUCAACAACGACCUUAACGGCAACACCCUCCCCGCGCACACCCACGCACGAAAAGUCAUACUCCACACUAAUCGUCUUCUUCUCCCCGUAGACCGUCAAAUGCGCAUCGCACCGGGGCACCCCGUCAACACCGGCCUCCCAGAUCAACGUAAACGGAUACGUCACACCACGACUAUCAUCCGUGUAAUGGAACAUGGCCGAGUAAAACGGCUCAAUGAUAGAGAUAUUCGACACCGCAUCUGGAAACCCCAGACUCUCGCGUAUUAACGAGAGAUCGUGGCCGCCUAGUGUACCCAGGAAACGGCAGAACGCUUCGCGGUCGCGCGUACAGUCUUCGCCCGAGCCAAAGAUGUCGGCGAGGAGGGCGUGGAUCCGUGCCGGGCGGGCGGUUGAUGAGGCAGACGGGGUGAGGGAAGAAGGUAGACCGCUGUUGCUGUUGCCGUUGAUGUAUCCUUUUCCAGGCGUGUUGGGAGCGACGGGGGCCGUGUAGGGACCGGUGAUAUUUCGACAACGGGCAUAGUAGACUCGGCCUAGGGUGGAGAUCUCCUUUUUGAAGAUAUCCGUGAAACAAGGUGCGUAGCGACGAGCACAGCCUACGAAGACCUUUGGCCCGGGUGUGUUCGAGACGUUUGUAUUUGCGAUUGCAUUGUCGGGUUGAGAGGAUCUUGCGGCGCCCUUUUUGCGCGCAUCGCGCACGCGACGGAGACCGUGGAUGCUUAGGCUCAGGGGGACUUCGACCAUGACGUGUUUGCCUGAUUCCAGGGCUGCGAGGGUGUACUGUUCAUGAUGGUCGAAGGGGAGGAGGUUGAUUAUGAGGGUUACGUCUGGAUGGUUGAUGACUUCGUCUGGGUUUGUCGUUAUUUGCGGGGUGUGAACAUCGGCGUGCUUUUGGGUAUCUCGUUCGAGGUUGUUGGACGUUGUGUGGAUGAUGAUGAAGGUGUAAUGGUUUGGCAGGGAGUUGAGAAUUGGGAUGUAGAUUGAGUCUGUGGCGGUGGUGGCGCCUAGGAUGCCGACGUGUAGGACUGGAGUGGUGGGCAUGAUGGCUGGAUUGUUGGAUGGUAUGAGAUAACCUUGUAGACCACACUGGGUCGUUUGAGGAAGGAAGAUUGAGGAUCACACGGAGAUUCUGGAUCCAGAGUUCAUGUGGCGAUCAAGGGGGGGGGGGGGGGGGGGGGGGGAGCUGAGAAGAGGCGCAUGUGGAAGGGAGUUUGAAGAACGCGUGAGAUCUUUGUUUGUUUGAUAUGGAAACCGUGACGAUGAAGAGGAGAGAGAUUCUUCGAAGUCUGCCAGAAAUAGUCUCGCCCCAGUAUUUAAUAAUGAAGGAGGAAAAUUAUCCUCACUUGAACCAUCUGCACUCAUAAAUUUUCCCAACUGGCCGUUCCAGCUUCGCAUGCCAGUUCAGUGACAUCAGCGGGCUUCGCAUUGCCGCCCAGUCAAGGAGGGCCUUAAAAGGAGACGGGCGUGGGAAGAGAAGGAGCACUUUGGUUGGACCAAACUCUCUCCACCGAAUAGAUCGUGGCGCAUGAUCUCUGGGGAUAUCCUGCCGAACCCGAUCCUUCCGCCGUCGAUGGUGCCGAUCUGUACUACACGUUGGGCUGAUGCUGGAGGAAAUAAGGUGGGGGUGAGGCGAUGGAAAUCGGUCUGUCGUGGCAUUAGGGCAAUAACAAAUAAAAAUUGACGUAGAAUAAUCUAUAGGGAGAGUUUGGAUAUACUAUCAAGUUAGGCAUAAGGUCUGGAGAAGAAAGAUCAUCUUUAGAAAGUAGAUAGAGUCGGAUAGAAGAAUAUGCUCGCGGUAUAGUUUAUCCUCGAGCUUCUGGAAAUUAGGGUGGAGCGAGUGGGCCUUGGAGCUCCCCCAAGCACAUGAAGCUAGGACGGAUAGGAGUGGCG